AUGGAAACGUCCUUGUUCACUCUUCCACCCGAGAUUCGUCUGCAAAUAUGGUCCUACCUUGUUCGACCGACCACGAUAUACCCCUGCCACUGUGCCGAGAGAGACAAACAACUCCGCCUUGACGCCUGCUCCCACAACUCCUCCAUAUACCAGGACUGUGACAACCGCAUCCUGCGGGUCAGCCGACAGAUCUUCGACGAAGUCCGGCCGGUGGUCGAGCGAGCGGGAGCAGAGAGGCUCUUUGUGCUCUGCAACAGUCUCUCCCUCGACGAUUUCUUCAAGGCACUGCACCAGAGUGACUGGAAGUGGGUCAAACAUCUGAGGGUGGAGCUGUUCGUCGGUUGGGCCAAGGACAACCAGGACGACUGGUUCCUCUGCCAGAUGCACCGGUGGGCAAAGAGAUCUGUCGCCGGCACCUUGUACAAAUACGACCAAGGGCGAGAGAUAUCGAUCCAGCCAGCCGAACAGGCCAGAGAAGAUAAGAAUGGGAGGAGGACGCUUACUGUUGACAUCUACCUGGCAUGA